AUGGUGGCAGCGGGAGGCCAGCACACCUGUGCCAUCACUUCCGCGGGCAGGCUAGUUUGCUUUGGCGAGGAUCACGUUGGACAAUGCAGAGUCCCCCCGGACAUGCUUCCGGUUCGUGCUGUAAGUGCAGGGACCUUUCACACCUGCGCUGUGACAGUGGACGGGCGACUCGUAUGCUUCGGGAGCAACCGUUUCGGACAGUGCGAUUCUCCGGAAGCACAGUUUACAGAGGAAGGUACCGUCGCAGCAGUCGCAGCUGGAGGAAAGCACACAUGCGUCCUCGAGCAAGGCAGUAUGCUCCUCAAGUGCUUUGGCGACAACACCUAUGGCCAGUGCAGCGUUCCUGAUAACCUCGGACCUGUUCUGAUGGUUUCUGCAGGACUUCGCCACACUUGUGCAGUAACGGUAAACCACGAGCUUGUCUGCUUCGGGGAUGACUGCUUCGGACAGUGCCGGAUCCCUGCAGAUCUUGACCAAGUGGUGGCAGUCAAGGCAGGAGCUUACCACACUUGUGCUGUGCGGCCGGAUGGCUCUCUGACUGCCUUCGGGUUUAACUCCGCGGGGCAGUGCGACAUCCCAAGCCGGUUGAGAAUCGGGCACCUGGGCAGGACUGUGGUACAGCACUCGCUCGGGCCGAGCCUUGCAAGUAGAACUUAA